CAGUGUGGUGCACUGCCACCUAACGCACGCCAUAACGUUCCGUAAUCUUCGAUAUAUCGAGCUGAGCGCGUAGAAAGGCCCUUUUCCGGAAACGCUUCUCCCAUCCUUUCUUCAGUUCCAGCCACAAGAUGUCGAAGCGAGGACGCGGAGGUUCCGCGGGAGCCAAAUUCCGCAUUUCUCUCGGUCUCCCUGUUGGUGCCGUCAUCAACUGCGCCGAUAACACCGGUGCCAAGAACUUGUACGUCAUUGCUGUCCAUGGCGUAUCUGGUCGUUUGAACCGUCUGCCCGCUGCUGGGUCAGGUGACAUGAUUGUUGCAACAGUCAAGAAAGGAAAGCCUGAACUCAGAAAAAAGGUAAUGCCUGCAGUCGUCAUUCGCCAGAGGAAACCUUUUAGAAGGAAGGAUGGUGUCUUUAUUUACUUUGAAGAUAACGCAGGGGUUAUAGUAAAUAACAAAGGAGAAAUGAAAGGGAGUGCCAUCACUGGCCCUGUGGCGAAAGAGUGCGCAGAUCUGUGGCCUAGGAUUGCCUCCAACGCCUCUAGCAUUGCCUGAUUUCCCCUGUUACGUCCCCCUCUUCAAUAAAUAAACUUGAAAAAUA